AUGCUGCUCUCAGCAGGGAACCAUCAGCGGUUGACCGUUGGGUUCGUCGGGUAUCCCAACGUGGGGAAGAGCUCAGUGAUCAACUCGCUCAUCGCCGCUGGGAGGGAGGAAGGAGAUCGGAGGAUCUCAGUCGCCCAUGGCCCCUCCCCUGGAAAGACGAAACAUCUACAGACGAUCUUUGUAAGGAAGAACAUCUGUUUGUGCGACUGUCCUGGCAUCGUCUUUCCAUCUGUCAUCAAUAGCAAGGCUGAUCUCGUUUGCAACGGCGUCUUGUCCAUCCACACGCUCCGCGAUGUCGUCGAGCCCCUGCAGCUUGUCUGCGAGUCUGUGCCCCGCAAGGUUAUGGAGCGACACUGCGGGCUGGCGAUCCCCACGAAGCUCAACACUCCCGUCCGAGCCAGGAACGCGCAGGACAUGGUCCGCGCCAUCCGGCUGGAGCGACUGGGGCAGCAGAUGAUCUGCGACACUCCGGCCAACAACCAGAACGAAGUCUACACGGCUGACGACCUGCUGCGUAUCCUUUGCAUGAGGAGGAAGUUCUAUCAGCAGAACAGCGGGAAUCUUGACUUGCGGACGGGAGGCAUCAUGAUACUCCGGGACUACAUCCAAGGUCAGCUGCAGCACUGGAAGCUGCCGCCGGGGCUGUAGAGGAACAAGGAGAGGAGGGCAGGGACCCGACGAGUACAAGUAUAGAAGCAAGAGGAGACACUAUGUCGCUACUGUCUAAGGUAGCAUGCGCCGAGGGAAGGCGAAGCGCGCAGAGCGCUGCUUGAGCUUUAUCGACGGCGGGGAGGUGCCGCUGCUGCUCGCUCGGAGAGCCAGCCUGGAGGCGCUUCAGUGUCAAGGAAAGGAGGAGGAGGAGGAGGAGAGAGGAGGAGGAGAUGGAGAGAGGAGGAGGAGAGCGGAGGAGGAGAGAGGAGGAGAGGCUUCAAGAAGAGUGCAGGAAGGGGAGUGGGAGGGAGGAAAAUGAGAAUACAUGAUGUUGAAAAUGAAGUUUGCCGCGCUG